UGCCAUUUUAAAUGUGUGGAAACGUGGUUGUGUCCGUGCCAUUCAAAUAUGUUUCCGGAAUGAGACAUCUAAUGCUCAAAGCGAUCGUAUAUCCCCAAUCUGUUUUAAAACGAAUGAGUAAUUCUCCUCUGUGCCAGCGUUAGUUACGCACAAGUGGCAUAAUCGUCGCAACUGUAAUUCUCACAUCGCUUACAACUUUUUCCAGAUCAGUACUGUCAUUGUCAAUCUGGGUAGCAGUUAAAUGGAAGGAAUACCUAAUUUUCAGUUGAAUGAUGAAGGCUUUAAUCACAACAUCUUCAAAGAAAAAUAUUGUGUAUCAUCUUCAGUUUCCGCAUCGCAUAUUCAAGUUGCUUGCAGCUCUUGUUAUUGUGCAUUUCCCCUACAUGGAAAUCUUCUUUGUAUCUUGAAGGCUAUAGAUCUCUCUCCUCAGCCCCUGUUGCUAAAAGGCCACCAUCAGCAUAUUACAGCUAUUGCUUUUGGAAACCUACAGACUCCAAUGACAGUCUGCUCAGCGGCAGAAGACUAUGUUAUAAUCUGGGACAUAGAAAGAUGUCAUAUGCAGGCAUUGAAUGGUGUGUUACCUCGAGGAAUUGUUAUUGGCACCCGUCUGGGACACAUACAGCACUUAAGUUUCUGCCCAGGUGAUCAAGUGGUGGCAGCGUGUGCAGAUUCCAAAAUCAUUUUGCUAUCGUCAGCACAAGAGGAGAUUUUAUCUGUAUUAGAGGGUCACACAAGUUCAGUGACAGCAGCAGAGUUCUGUUCCUGGCAGCCAGAAAUACUUGUGUCAGUUUCAGAAGACAGAACGUUUAAGGUAUGGAAUCAAAUGAGUGGUGAACUGUUGUAUAAAUCAUCUAUUUUAUCAGCUUCUCCACUGCUCAGUCUAUGCAUUCAUGAAGAAAGCAGACAGCUUAUUGUUGGAUCUGGUAAUGGCCAGGUGUGGAUUUUUAGCCUUAUAGAUGGUCAUUACUAUCGCGUGAUUAAAGAAAUUGAUUUGCUGAAAAGUGAACAAAAAUUCCUUAAAUCCAUUGAAACAUUACAGAUGCAGAAUGGACAGCCAGGUGAAUUCACAGGAUUCUUUACAAGCAUCAAUGAAGAUGAAGAAAUAAUUGAGACAUCAAAGCCAAUUCUUAGAAUAACACCAUGCAGCAGCUCAUCUUUAAGUGAGGAUGCUAACAGCUUUUUGAGUAACAGUUUGAACAGUGUUUGGAUUGGAAGUGCCGAUGGCUUGUACAUAAUUAAUCUGGAUACUUCUGAGCUUGAAAUUGCCUUAUAUUUUACAGAUUUCCCCGGUUUAAGUAUUAUAGUUGCUGGAUCAUGUGCUGUCCACCAUGGAACUACUAAUAAUGUUUUCACUGUCAUCACUUCAAUGUUUGAAAAUAAAAUUUCUCUGCUUGAGCUAAAUCUCUCAGCUGUGACUAAAAAACUUCACUCUUUGAAAAGUCAAGCUUGCUGUAUGGAAGAAUGUCUAGCUGUGGUUGCCAGGAUUCCUUUGUUGGCCUCUUCACCACUUAACUCUGACCUAUUCAAGAAAGUGACUUCCAAAUCUGCAAAGCAAAAGAAUUCAGGUCAUGUAAAGAAUUCAGUUAAAGACAAACCCCUUGUUUUCCAUGCUAAAGUGAAAUCAUCUGGCUAUACAACUAAACCAAGGAUGAGCAUGUUUUCACCCAAGACUAAUAUGCCCAAACAGGUUGAUUCAUCGCUGAAAGAACAUCACACUAGUUUAAUUGCCAAAGAAUACCCAGUGGACUGCCCUGUUCCAAAUGCUUUUCAAAAGCAAGUAAAUGUAGCAGACAGACCAACUCCUAUUUUCUCACUCCAGUACUCAGGAAAUGGAAAACACCUUGCCUGUGGCCUUGCUGACAAGUCCAUUUUAUUGUACAAUUCUUCUCUCUCAGGGUCUCCAUCUGUAUAUGCAGGUCACAAUGGAGCACUUUGUUCAGUUGCAUGGAGUCAUAACAAUCAGUUACUGCUUUCUGCAUCUGAAGAUCGAACUUAUAGAAUUUGGCAAGUCAACAGAAGUGAACCAACUCUUGUAAUGAGCAGUGAAGUAUUUCCUAGACCUAUUCGACUUGCACAAUUUUAUUAUAUGGACAAAUUUUUGUUGUUGUCAUCUGGACCAUCAUUACAGUUGUUUAUGUACCAUUUGGAUACACUGACUGAUGACAUCAAAAGGUACAAGAAUAAAAGUUUUUGUAGGUUUGCAGAAAAAUUCUUGAUGACUUCAGGAACAGAAAUUACUAGCUUUUCAGCUGUCAAUGAAUUUUAUUCCUACAUCGCACUGUGUUCUGGGUGUGAUCAUUCAGUAGAAGUCUUUGAUUUGAAUGUUGCAAGGAGUAUUGCUGUCAUUCCAGAUGCCCAUUCCAGAGCUGCUCACCAGAUUAUUCAAAAUAAGGGCUCAUCAUUCAGCACUCAACAGUCUGAGGCUUAUAACCUCUUUCUUACAACUGCUGUAACAGAAGGCAUCAAAUUAUGGGAUUUAAGAACUUUAAGGUGUGUACGCCGUUUUGAUGGGCAUCAUAACCGAUGUCACCCUUGUGGUAUUUCAAUUUCUCCAUGUGGAAAAUAUAUAGCAACAGGGUCUGAAAACAAAUGUGCUUAUGUGUUUGAUAUCCGUUGCAGUAAUUUUCUUAACAAGCUUUCCAGAUGUACAGAUACUGUUAUGCAAGUGGCCUUUAAUCCAUCAAAACCACAGCUCGUCACAGCAACCCUGGAUGGUAAAAUUCAACAAUUCAGGGCUUGAAAUGCAAAGAGAGGUAACUGGAAUGGAAGAAUUCUGGAACUUUCAAUAUAUAUAAAAAAGAAAGGAACAAAGAAUAUUUAAAUAUUUGUCUCUGACAGUUAGAUCUAGUAGUCUUUUUAAUGUAAUUAAUUUUGUAUAGAAUUUGUUAUCCAAUGGUAAAUGCAUGCAAACUUAGUUUAAAUCUGAUUUCAUAAACUAUUGGCUAACUCUGCUAUUGAAGUCAGCCACAUCCCGUGUUUCUUUCAUACGCAGACCUCAUUGUAGGAGAAGAGUGAGUAUUCAAAACUAUUCAACUUUCAUUCUCUUUGUAUAUAUUUUUGUAAUUGUUUCCCCACCCCACUUUAUUUGUGUAUUACACUGUAAAAAUGCUUCUAAAUAAAGUGUAAGCUCUCCUGCACAAAGCCAUGUUUAACACAGACGGGUAAAUUCAGUCCCCAUUUGGGAGUGUGUUGAUUUGAUGCUGCAGUAGUGGUGUAUCUGGUUCUUGAUUGUUUUGUCAAGCA